AUGAUGGGUGAGGGCAGCGCAACACCUACUCUUCCACCACCCCCAGGCACACCCGACGCAGCCGACCAGCCGAUGGAAAGCGCCAGGACGGACCCGGCGGUGGGGCAGGACAUGCCCAUCCCCCUCUCUGCCUCUCUCGGCCGGGUUGCCACGGUUCGCUUGGACUGGACUCUGGGAGUGGACUUCCACCGCGACUAUUAUGCACUGAUCGGGCGAGAAAGAGGAUCUGCCCCCAGACUAAUUGACCAACUCCCCGCUGCGACUGGCUCAUGGUUGCGUUAUCUGCACCGCCAAUGA